GUGGAUGACCUUAAAGAAUUUUCAUUUUCCCCUGAUCUCUGAUCAGGUAUCUCUACUUUCAGACCAUGUAUCCUUAUGGAAACGCAGUGAAGAGCUGCAACUGAGCAGUAACUUUUGCUUAAGUAGGUGUUACUCAAGUAUACGAGGUUGCAGGGGGGGCGAAGCAUGACUCAAAAACUUUUGAUCAUUGACACGGACUGUGGCAUUGACGAUGCCCAGGCCAUUAUGGUGGCAUUGGCACAACCCGAUGUGAAAGUUUUGGGCAUCACCUGCUGCUUUGGAAACACCACAGUCGAUCAUGUGUGCCAGAACGUCGUGCGGGUGCUGUCUGUUUGCAGACGCAAUGAGAUCCCGGUCUUCAAAGGGUCAGCCGGUCCUUUAGUGGGAGCUUUCAACGCCUUGAAGGACCACUUUGGCACAGACGGUCUUGGCGAUGUUUUAAAAGCAGAAGACCCAGUAGGCUGUAAAGACCAAAUCAAGCAAGAUAAUGCGGUGACUGCUAUGAUCAGACUGGUGUCUGAGAACCCUGGACAGGUGUCUCUUGUGGCCCUUGGCCCCUUGACCAAUUUGGCUCUGGCAAUCAGACUGGACCCAGCAUUUCCUCAGAAGCUGAAAGAUCUUUUCAUCAUGGGAGGAAAUAUGGAGGGAAAAGGUAAUGUGUCUGUGUGUGGUGAAUUUAACUUUGUUAUGGAUCCUGAGUCUGCAUAUGUUGUUUUGGAAGAAUACAUAUGUCCUACAUAUAUUGCAACAUGGGAAUUUACUUGCAGAAAUAAGCUUCCGUGGGACUUUUUUGAGAAGAUAACUGACCAAGAUCAAGCUGCUGCUCAUUUUAUGAAGACCAUCACAUCCAAGUGCUGGGCUUUCUCUCGGGAGUUUGGGGUGAACAAAAGAGACGUGCUCUUCGGCCAGGGCUUCGUGCCCUAUGAUGCAUACGCUGUGGCGGCGUGCAUUGACCCCAGCGUUGUGUUGGAGAGCGUGGAGUGCGCAGUUCGGGUGGAGCUGCAGGGAGCUUUGGGCCGAGGGAUGAUGGCACUGGAUCCCAGCAACAUGCUAAAGAAGAACCAUAGAGUAACCAUCAUGAAAACAUGCGACCUAGCAAAGUUUGGUGAGCUACUAGCGGCUUCACUCAAACAGCCAAAAAUAGACAGUAAAUAACAGUAAACUCUAACAGUAAAUAACAGUAAACUCUAAGAUCCGUCCAUCCCUUCCAGUGUCGGAUAUGUUUGGCACUCCGGGCUAGAUACCCAGACGUGGAUGGAUCUAGGCCUAGUCCAAGACCCACAGCCUUCUUCUCAGGAGAUCUUCAUCGAAGUUCUCUCUUAGUCCAGGACCAGGGAACUGAUGUUUCAUUUUGAUUGUGUAGCACUGUGGAUUUUCAACAUAAAUAAAGGGCAAAUCAAGGGCAAAA